CUGUCUGAGAGUAAGAUAUAUCUUAUGCGCUGUGUAGAGCUUCUAGCUUUCUUAUUUGAAUCGUUGCUAAAACAGUUAGCUAAUUUGACUUGCUUGCUUACUUUGCCAGGUUUCUGUCUCUGCGUUCAAAGAGAUGCCAAUUCCUGCCCCGUUUCUGCUUGGAAACUUCCUGUAACCUCCUUUAGUGCACUUAGAAAUACUUAUGUCAUAUAUUUAUAUUAACACGUUUUAUUUUUGUCGAGAGAUAUGUCAUUUCUCGGAUUAAUAAUAUCUUACCUUUAUGUACUGAGCUCCCACAGUGACUCUCGACUCUUAAUUAGUGCUUUAUUAAAUGCAGGUGUGCUUAAAUCUGUAGUACGUGUGGAAAGACAGCACUAUCAAUAGGUUCGUUCGAGAUGAGCCAGUCCUGCGCAGAUUCGAUCACCGGCGAUCGGCGAACAAUGCAUGCUGGUACCCCUGACCUCUGGAGAUCCUCUUCAUCAGUGUCAAUGGAGUCAGAGGGGACUGAUUCCCCAUCAUCGGGCCCAGCGCCUGUAGCUGAGGUCUUUAAUUCCAUCCGGGAGCGCACAAUUGCAGAGAACAGCAUGGUGGUCCUGCUGCAGGGUCUGCAGGGAGAGGUGACCACAGUGGACCUGAGGAACGAGAGCACAGCGCGGGGCCGCGUAGUCAGCGUGGACGCCUUCAUGAACAUACGUCUGGAGGAUGUGCUGUACCGAGACAGACGGGGUAAGCUCACCCAGCUGCAGGACAUGUUUAUCACAGGCAGAAAUGUCCGCUACGUCCACAUCCCAGACCACAUGGACAUAAUGAAGACCAUUGAGAGCCAGCUGGCCAAGAUCCACAGAGUCCGCAACUUUGCCAGUCAUGGAGGAGGCAGAAAAGAGUUCAAGAAAACAAAAUAAAACUUGUUUUCUCUGUCGUAGAAGGAUAUGAAACUCAGUUGGUUACUGCUUGUGCAAGACCAGCCCAAAAAUACUUGGAGGCAACCAAGAAGCAGCACACUAGAUCCGCAGUUUACAACCUGAAGGGUCACAAAUGACAUUUUAAUUUCCUCUGGCCUGCUGCAGAACUGCUCACAACUCAUGUGCACACUACGGCCACAAACUGUGAUGACGGGUCACAAGUUGAAGUUUGGCAGUAUAGCCUGACCGAUACUGGAUUUUGUUUUGGGGUUGCCGUUGACAGUUAUUUUCAUUAUUAAUUAAACUGCAGAUUAUGUAAGGGGACCUAUUAUGCUUUACCUUAUUUUGUGUCUUAUAUAUAGUGUUACAUUGAAUGAUGUUCGUGUCAGAUGACCAACGUUCAAAUACUGACAGAAACGUAAAUAGAAGUAAUCACUGUGAGCAAAAACCUCAGCCUUCAGUCCGUUCUGAAUACUCUGUGUCCAACUUCUUGUUUUUUUUUUUUUUUUUACUCUGGCUACAGUAUGACGCAUCUUGCGCCAGAUUUCUUUAUAUGGUCAUCUUCUCCACACACAUUACUCCAAGUGUUUACAGUACACAGCCUACACUGCUACAGGAAGUUACAUGCUAAUGUCAGGGACCUUUUUAAUGUACUGAAACCUUUUUUCAGUACUCUUUCUUUAAUGACAAAGAUAUCAAUUUUGAACUGUCAAUCUGUCUGCUUGCUUGUGCGUGUGUGUGUGUGUGUGUGUGUGUGUGUGUGUCUGCUUGUGUCUGCUUGUCUCUCUCACUCUGUUCAGACACAGCUGAUAAAUAAACACAAUCACAAAUGGCAGUGGUGCUUUGCUAUUUCUAAAAUGAAAAAGGAAAGAAAACAGACCAGACAGACUGAAAUCAUUGGCACUACAGAGUUAGUUUUGGGUUGCCGGGAGGCUGACUGAGAUUUGCAGACAGCUUCGGGCUACCUCACAGCACUGCUGCUUCCUUUCUGAACCCAGCAGCUCCAUGGAGCUCUGUUGUCUCUUCCAUAAAGUGCUCAGAAGCCUAGAAGCUGGCCACAGAACAGCUUUCUUGUUUCGGGCCGCUUUGCAGUGCUUCCACUUCCUGUCUAAACCUGCCGUCUUCACCCAGGUGCACUCUUGGGUGCCUAUAUUGAGGACCAAUUCAUUUAACGUGAAUUGAUACCUGGUAGUAUCAACGCAAUUCGGUCAGAACCCUUAAAAAUACGGGCACCAUUAUCCAACCCUAGUCAGAAAACAUGUCCACAGAUCUUAUUCCUGCUGGAACAUGUCCAGUUGGGUUUAGAAACUUUCACUGGUGAUUUUGAAGAUGGUUCAGAGACAGAGAUACAGAGUAUGCGGAAACACUGACUGAUUAGAGCAGACUGGGCCUUUUCAGAAGAGGGGCUUAAAGAGACAGGCACUACAACAGAGCGUUGCAGACAGGGUGAACACAGGUGUUCCAACACAGGCAGUAUGAGGAAAAUCAACUGUUUUUAACCAUUAAAGCAUAUAAACAUGUUCUAGUAGAAACCUAAAAUACAAUUAUGAACCUGAAAAUGAGCAUAGUAGGUCCUCUUUAAUGUUUUGCCAACAGAAUGUCACAAAACUGUAAAGCAUGAUCGUUUUUAGUUCCCAGAGCCCACUGACAUCUUCUGAUGUCUUGUUAUAUUUGACCACAAAAACAAAAUACUGACUGAAAUACUACUGUUUUGGUACUCAAGUUUGAGGCUUAAUAACCGUUGUGUGACAUACAAACAGGUAUUGUGAAUAAAGAUGCUUAACAUUAA